AUGUGGAUCACUUCGGAACCGCUCCCAAUAUCUGUUUGCACGUUUGAGUUUGACCACAAAGCCGAUCUUGCUUCCGAUCCAAUGGCUAUUGACAUUGACGACGAGGACGCGUUGACUCAUUCCGUAGCUUCCUUGGUCUCCCUGGCUUCCAUGGAUCUCGAGGAUGGCGAUCCAUAUCUUUCCAAUGUCGGCACUCGUCAGGCAUCGGAAGGAUUUACUUCCACGGACCCUGGUUGCCCAAAGUCGCUCUUGAUGGAGGACGACAUGGCGGUGCAUUUGCACGGACAUAGGCCGAUUACUUUUCCAUGUACCAUGUGCGGUUUGAUCUACCCACGACAGAACGAGCUCAUCCAGCAUCAGAAAGAGUGCCUGGGGUAG